GUGAGCGCGAUUGGCGUAAGUUCCAUGAAAACGCGGGGCAAAAGCGACUCCGCGUAGGGUUAUUUUUCCACACGUGUUCCGUCUACCGAGCAGUUUACAUCGUAGGAUAUUGUACGGGUCUCGUUCGUUGUUUUAUCUAAAAAACUCUUCUACAAGCGCCGCGAGUGUUUUUAAAUAGAAAACAGUUUUAGAAAAAUCUUUUUUUUCGACAUCCCUCAUUGUUUGACCAUGGGUUAAACGCGAACUACCGCGUUAUUUUUCAAAUGAUUUCAGUGAACAGAGAUUUUUUUUAAUGACCGACUACGUCACCUCACGUAAGUGCUUCAAACCUCUUAUAUACGUAUUUGUUUCUUGGUUGGUUACUGCAUACUUCAAACUUAAGAAUAGUCUUUUUCCGGACCGGACUUAUUAGAUGUCAGAAAUUAGUUAUUGGGGUGUCGGCAGCGAGUGCUAGACCGCAGAGAUGGUUUGGUUAGUACAUCGGUAGGCCAAAAACGGAAGGGCUGAAGAGUGCCCUGGCCCGACUUCGGCAGAGGACCUCUGGACAGUCCCACGAAAACCACACAGAUACCGCUCAUCAAAAUGCUAACGUUGGUGGUGGCUGUACUCCGGCCAACGCUGAUGUCAGUGGCACAAGCAAACACCGAGUGGCGGUUCUCGUAAGGAAGUCGGCGCCGGGAUCUCCAACGCCGUCGUCGGCUUCCAGCUAUGGAACAGCGUCACCAGGCAAUGAUCUCAUCGCCAGCGCGUCCAGCGCUCUUCGCCGAUUGCACUUCAAGUCUGCCGGCGCCCGCCGCAUGCUCAACCGAUCCAAGGCGCAAUCACAACAGACAUCCCCCGUCCCUAAAGUCAAAGUGAUCGGUUCUGGUUCAAUAUCAAUUGAAUCGUCAGCUACUGUCAACACUAGUACCGAUUCCUCUGUAGUCACUAUGACCACUGUCACAGACGACACAGAACACGAGGAGAGCGUCGACAACCCGUACGUAGAAUCUAAAAUGAGGAUCACUCCUAAUUUACUCGAUGAAGUAUUAAACGGAACUCAGUCUUCAUCAUCUGCUGAAAAAGACGACGAGUUCUACAGCGCGUCUAGCACAGAAGAACCGCCAAGAGAUGAUCCUAAAGUCGUGUUCACCGUCCAAGAUACCGCACCCGAGGAAUAUGACGACAGUUCCCUGGCUUUCCUCCAGUACACCGCACUGCCCACUAACCAUCGCAACAACAAUAACAACAACAACAACAACAACAACAAUAAUGACAAUAACAAAAACAACAAUUUCAACAGCGGCACUGUUGAUAACACGACGACGGUGGAAGACUUCAAACCGGCCGACAAAAACCAAAAUGCCGAUGACGACGCUGACAAUACUUUGGAAUGGCGAAACAUCAUGAAACGACAAGCACUACUAGAAAACCUACACCGUAACACCAUAAUAACUAAUAGAAGACUGAAGUUACUCUCGAGAAGGUAUGCCAAAAGUCGAUUCGAGGAAGACAGAACCCGAAUGGAAAUCGGCCGCAACUCCUCUGGAUUCGCAGCCGAACAAAUGACAAUCGACAGUGAAGACUCUUUUCAGGCGGACAACGGAUCUCCUCCUGUACCGUCAUCACCAACCGGCGUGUCAGGGUCACCUAGUGGUGAUAAUACAUCAUCACCAAAAAAACCAAAACAACACUUCACGUUUCCCACAUUGAAUGAAUCCGAAGAGCAAACAGAUCGAACAGAACCCAAGAGGCGACCGUCGGCCGUGUUCGCUCGUACUCCAGACUGGAACAAAAACCGUAGGAGCUCAGCUGUGCUGUUGGACGCAUUGAUAAUAAACAAGAGUCAGUCAGCUGCUGUGGUCAUGUCGGACACGGGACAAGUGGCCACAAUUGUCGUGCAACAGCCAUCGCUCUCCGGCAAUUCACCCGAACAUGGUCUCGACGGAUGCCAAACUGGCCCGGUUGAAUUACCAAUUGAUUUCAACCGGUGGGCUGAUUGUUUAAGUACACAACAAUACUGCGAUUUUCAAAUGAAGUAUGGGAGUCCUCACCAUUGUCGGUCACAAAGUGUACGAACAUCUGGUAGUAAGAGUACAGUACAACUACAAUUGGGACCAAAUGGAAUACCGAAAAAUCGUUCCAAUCAGUUAACAUUGCCUCAGCAAAGAUCAAGAGUAGCAAGUAUGCCAAAUACAGGCGUAGAAGAAGAGUAUUAUAGAAUACGGCAGUUCACUAUAACUGGAAAAGGUAUUAUAAAUCGAGGAGAUUCGUUGAAAAGUCGUAGGUCCAAGUCAAAUAACAGCGUUGCAUCGAGUAAUUCAAGCACUGAGCACUUAACAGCCACAAACUGCACUGUCAUUGGAGUUGGUAUUGGCGGUUCAUAUCCUGGAUCGGCUAGAACCAGCGCUGGAACCUCUUUGGCAUCUUCAAGGGAAUCUAGUUGUGCUAGUUGUCCAGGAAUUACUCAACCUUUCCGAAUCGCAAUGAUUGGCGCUACUGGCGUUGGAAAAACAUCUCUUGUGUGUCAAUUCAUGACAUCUGAAUCAUUGCAUAUUUACGACGCAUCUAUCGACGAAGACGGUGAAAAAUCAGUUUCAGUGUUAUUAGAUGGCGAAGAAUCUGAAUUAAUAUUCUUAGACAAAUCAAACACGCCUACUGAUUGCAACGAUGUAUUUGAAGAAACGCCUCAUGCCUAUUGCGUUGUUUACUCCAGAAAUGAUUGGGAUAGUUUCAAACAAGCUGAAGAAUGGCUUCAAACUCUAUGGAAAGCUGAUUUGGUCAGAAAUAAAGCUGUGAUAUUGGUUGGUAACAAAAAUGACAUUGUAAGACCGAACGUUGUAUCAUCGGGAGUUGGCAAGCAAAUGGCCACCCGGUAUGAUUGUAAAUUUAUCGAAACAUCCGUGAUCAUCAACUACAAUGUAGACGAGCUUUUGGUUGGCAUACUCACACAGAUUCGCCUAAAAUUAGACCAGCCACCAGACUUAAGUACUCACAAAUUCGUGUCCAUGCGAAAGAGAUCCAAAUCGCCACUAACCAACUGUGGCCCUACGUUCAAAAAGUAUCGAGGUUCCCGAACGUCUACCAGCCUCAGGGUGAAAGGACUUCUAAGCAAAGUAUGGGCAAGGGAUUCUAAAUCCAAAUCGUGUGAAAACUUACACGUGUUGUAGUCACCUUACCUGAAAGAUAGCCCCACGAGGAAUACAUUUUUUCACAAUGAAACUAACUAUUAAGUUGUUUGUAUUUUUCUCUAUCGUACAUAAUUUAUUACAUGUUAAAACCAUUUUCUACAAUUAUGUGCUCUAUAUGAAGAAACGCUAGUAUAGUUUUUAUCUAUACGUCCUUAUAACCAAUUAUAAAAUACAUGUAAAUUAUAUUAAAAAGAUAAACAAUAAUAACAUUAUAAUUAUUGUACAGAUAUGUAAAUGUUUGUAUCCGAUUGAAAAAACUCUAUACUAAUUUUUGAACACAAAUAGCGAUUAUUUUUAAGUGGUUAAAAACAUAUCAACAUUUCUAUAGACUAUCGACAUUAUUUAGCGCUAUUUUAACUGGAAUUAAGUCUAUGUAAUUAAAAUGACUAAAUGUGAUACAAAAGUAUAUUUAAAUGGUACAAACUCAAUUCGUUAUUAACGAGUGACGAGGAAUAAUGUUGACUUAGGUAAUAUUUUUAACAUUUUACCUUGACAAUCAUGUAUAAAUUUAAAUCAAAGUCACAACUGCAGUGACAGGAGAUCUAAUUUUCUAGAUAUGUAGAUGUGUUGAAUCUUACUUGAUAUAAUUAUGAAACGGUUUUCACUGGAAUCGAUAGCAGAUUAGGUUGUGAUCAUGUAGAGAACUUUUUGUACCCAAAUUACGUUAACUAUCCCAAAUCCAUUUUCCAUUGUACCGUUGAUUAUUUAAGAAGUUAGAUUUUAAUAUCAGCCACUUUUAUCGCUAUAAUUACAUUGUUUUAACACAUUUUUUAAAAUAAAUUAUUUAUCUAUUUGUGUUAAAUACUAGUAUUACUAUUAAGUCUAAAUAAUAUAUAUUUUAAAUGAUAUUAUUAUUAUUCCACGUUUGGUUUUGUAUUGUUUUUUAAAAGUCAAAAUGUAUUUGUAUUCAAUUUUUAUUGUUAUUGUUUUUACUUUUCAGUCAUUAUUUUGACAAUAAUGAUGAUGGUUUAAAGGGACCAUUACUGUCAUUAUUAUUGCGAUUACGUUUGGAAUAGUUCUUGACGUUUUCACAAUGAAUUGUCAUUAGGACGAGUUUGAUACAAAUAUUUGAUUUUUUUUUUGUAAUGAUUUGCCAUCAGCAGAAUCGGGGACCAUGUAGUAUUGUUAGGAAGUAGUAACGCGCAAAUCAACGUCUUAAAUAGAGCAUCAGGCUGAUUUUGACGUUUUUUUGUGUCGUAAGAGUAGUGUUUUUAACAAUUUAACUAUAGAAAGUAAAUUAACUAUCAACAAAAUAUAAAAUUAAGUAAUUUAUAAGUACACCACUUUUGCUACAAAUUUCAAGAUUUUAAUUAAAACCGUUUAGUAAACGGUACAAAGAUUUUAUUUCUUUUUUUUUUAGAUUUAUUUUUAAUAUUAUACCUCGACAAUUAAAUAACUACAAUAGACGUAACAAUUCUAUUAACUUGAAAGCUAAUUGUUGAAAAAUGAUUUAUAUUUAACUAAAUCAUGCUUUUAUACUUCAAAAUUAAAUAUAUAAAUUAUUGUAUAUUAUUGUUAAAUAUAUAGAAAAGUCCAAACAUAAAUAUUUAAAGAAAUUAACAAUAAAUAUUGGUAAUACGUGUAUCGAACCUCUAGCUAUUAAUAUCAAAAGUUACUUAAAAAAGUUUGUAGGCAAUUUUUAUUAUUUAUAUUUUUAAAAAUUGUAUUGCUCCAAAAGCAUCUGUCAAUAAUUCUGAAAACUGAUAACUAAAUUUGUAUUGGCAAUAAAUUACUGUUUCCCAAUUUGAAAAAAGUUCAUUCCUCUUGUAAUCGUUCAAAAAGUUGUAACUAACAAUUCCAAUCUAUUAACCAAAAUCAAUAAUUAUCCCAUAAUUUUACAUUAUUACAUAUUACUUGAAAAUUGUUUGUGCUAAUGUUAAAUGCAAAAUUGCUCCACUACGUGAGCUCAUAAUUAUCUUAAAGGGUAUACAUGUAUAUUACAUUUUUUUUAUACAUAAUUUCAUUAUAAAUAAUUUAUUAAUUGAUUUCGUUAUUUGUUAAGAAGUAAGACUUGGUAAUAAUAUUGUAUUUUGUCAAAUUUAAAUCAUCUGCGGUCAAAACAAAGUAUAUAUAUGUAGAAGUAUACUACUGAAUUUAAAUGUACAUUUCGGUUAAUUUUAGUCAUUGGUUUUCAAUAAUAGAAUACAAAUAUUUGUAAGAUUUUUGUUCAUAUCACAAGUAUAAAUAAUUUUGUUUAAUGCACAUAUCAAAAGCCUUCCAUUUUUCCGCAUUCUUUUUUUCAUAUUAGAACAAAUAAGUUUUAUUAGAACCCUAACUGUCAUUGACUUAUUAUUCCAUAACACCCAAGGCUUCAAAUUUUUUUAGGCUUUGGGAUCUGUAAUGUUUGAUGUUAUCUAGAAACGGUUUUUUUUAUUAUAUUCUAUACUAUUUUUAACAUUUUUUUUUGUAUUGAUGAAGACGACACGGUCGUUCAUACAGUUCGGAGUAUCGGGUAUCAAGUAGUUUAAGAAAACGCAUAAAAUUGCAAAAAUAGUAUAUGUAAAAUAUAAUAUAAUUAAUAAACAUUUUCUUUAACGAAUCAUUGUGUUAAAUAUUGAUAAUUACAGUAGUUUAUAAUUAAGUAAAAUUACGGUUUUAUAAUAGUAAUCAUGCCAAUUAUUUUAAAUACUAUUAUUAUUUUAAUAUAAUAGUAUUCAUUAUUGUAAAAAAAUAUUAUUACUCAGAUGUGUAUUAACCUUUUUAUAAAAUAGAUUUUAUUUGAAAUGUGCAUUGUCAUUAAUAAGAAGAUAGUUUUAUUAUCGAGUUAUAAACCUGUUUAUUUUAUUGAUUUUUCCAAGGAAAAAUAGUAUUUUUAUUGUAUAGUACUAUAUUAGGUGAUUAUCGUUAUGCGAAAAAUUAUGUAAAUAAUUAAAAGUAAUAAGGCCGUUAAUAAAACUUAAGUUUAUUGUAAGAAAAAUGUAUUAUUUUCUAAAAUUAGACGUGUAACAUUUGGUAGAAAAAUGUCAUUGCUUCCAAUUUUAAUUUCAUUAUUAAAAUGUACAAUAUUAAUAAGAAUAAACUCAAUCAUAUUUUUUAAAAGUAAAAUAAAAUUCUCACACAGGGAUAAUAUUUAUUUCCAAUCGUAGUAACAAAACUAGAGAUAAGUGUUGAAUUAAAUUGUUUUCAAUAAACAGUGUAUUUUACUAUGAUUUGAAUAGCAUAUCACACAAAAUUGAAAUUUAUUUACAAAAUCUUAUAGAACAACGCUAUAAAUAAUGUAAAUGUGUACAACAAGUGGCGCAACUAUUAAACAAUUUCAAGGGGUUAUUACAUGUUAUUUGCUCAUCAAAAAUUGUUUACUCUGCAUAGCUAUUUGAAAAAAUUCGAAUAAACAAAAUAAAUGUUAUCGCGUAUAAAAUAUCCAAACAUCACUAAUCAUUUAAUGAGUUAUAACGCCCCUAACACCGCUCAGAUUGCGUCACUGUGAAAUACAUUUUUUUAACUGUAACAUUUAUUCGUGGUUGACUAGUUUUGAGGAAUAACAGCACUGCAAAAGACGAUAUCUCAAAUUAAAUACUUGUAUUUCAAACAAAGUACCUCAAUCCUCACUUUCCUACUUAAAUUCCUCAAAAAAGAACGCUAUUAUUUAAUCGUUUCUUCUUCUUACGCUAGAUUAAUUUUAAAGAAUAAGAAAUUGAAAUAACUUUUUUGGAAAAAAAUUCUUGAAUCUAUUCCCCAGUAAACUUUUUAUUUGCGUACAACCACAUUAACUUGAAAAAUAUUAUGACAAAAACGUCCGGGCACAUACUUUUAUCGUUAGAAUAACCUUAAAGAACUUUAAAUAAUAAUAUUAUUAUUGUAUUCAAGUUAUUCAUGUUGAUUACAGUGCAUAAGUUAAAGAUUACAUGUUUUUUAAGUAGAAAAAUUAAUGACCAGAAACAAAAAGUCAAAUCUUUUUUUAUUGAUUUACUUAUAUUAAGUAAGCAUAAUAAAAUGUAACUUUAAAAAUAUUCAAUUAUAAUAUUCUACAUUUAUACAAAUGUGUAUUAAAAUAUGUAAAAAAUUAUUAUUUCUUAAGAGUGCACAAAUGUUUAGUAUUAU